CCAGGACUCAAGCUUCGAGCUGGAGUUCGCCUAUGGGCUCCUGGAUUCUGGGGAGCGCCCGCUCGGCCGCGUGCCCGCGCGCACGGGCAUGGCCGUGAGUUUUGUGUGCCUGGACGACGAGAUCCACAUCGACAAUCUCCCAGAGGCGGAGUUUUCAGCGGAAACCUCCACAGGCUCCGCUGAGGACGGCGUGGCCACGGCAAAGGACAAAGCCGAAGCCGGCGCUGGCUCUUCCCACCUCGCGGAAACGGAGGCGCCAGAGGCGCCAGAGGCGCCAGAGGCGCGGCUUCACGUGUCGCACAUCCGCGCGAGCAACAAGGAUGCAGCGGAUGUCACCUUUCGCUUCUUCCAUUUGGGGCCUAUGGCGCCCACGUCCGGCGCCAGUGCUGGGAAUCACCUGGGGCGGCUCUUUCACCAGCCGGUGCUGGUCACCUCGCUGGCGCCCGGCGAGAUGCGCAAUGUGGCGCUGGAAGUGCGGCGUGAAGAAGCCGAAGAAGAAGGCCGAGGUGCAGAGGACAGCGAGAGUGAAUUCUUCGAGAUAGUUGUGGAGGCUCCAACUGGCAGCACAGUCUGCAACGCGCGAGACUUCCAAUCCAUCUCGUACGAGGGCGGCUUGUGAGGACAGGCCGCUUCACCCGGUUCCAGAUGCCUUCCAAAGCGAAUGC